ACUAGUGUUGGUAACACGUAAGUGAAGAGUCAUUUCGGCUCUACAUUGCACAGGCUUUAAUGUCUGUUACGUAUACCCUUUGUUUUUACAAUUCCUUAAUUGGUUUGCAUAUCCACUUAGGCUACUCCGGAAUAACCACGUUAGUACGGCCAACUUUUUAAUUUUCAGGAAGCUGCAGCAGUCUAGUCUUCUCGGUCUGUUGGGUUCUAAAUAUCAGCGCCCACGAGAACAGACCAGAUAUCAAUGUAUGGCUGGACAACACUGCCAUAGGAAGUCAAGGCAAAUUUGUGUCUUUGUCGGUAACGCCACUCGAUGUACAUAAAUUACGCACCGAAUAUGAAGGAAUCGCACAAGUGUGGAACUUCUCGAUUGUUUCGGAUUCCAUAAAUGUGAGAAUGGCGCAUCUCCCCUCCAGCGGAACUGCGGAAGCGCUCAAGACUUUCCGGACAGAGGAAGUGUUUCCCUGUGAAAACGGCACAGAGUAUCUCCAUCAGAAGGAGAGCUUCAUCAUCGCGCUUGAUCCCAACGUGCCCGCAAACUUCCGGGUGACGGCGUGGGACAGCAGCAUCCUGACGGUGGGGUGGGACUAUCCCCCGAGCGACCGGCUGGCCUCCUUCCUGGUCACCGUCUUCCACACGAAUGGCUCCGGCCACGUCCUGGAGGAGAGGAGGUACAGGCAGGAGCCCGACCGGCGCGGGUUCAUGGCGGGGCCUCUGUCGCCCUGCAGCAGGGUGCGGCUGGGCCUGCAGGCCGAGUGCCGGGGUCCGGGCCCCGCCCGCCCCAGCACCAUGGCCCUCAGCGACGGAAACUCUGCAAACUCUGAAAUCAUAAACCUGCGCCAGUCCACCUCCAGGCCGCACAGCUACACGGUGCGCUGGUCUGUGCGGAACUUCUCGUCCGUCUCCAGCUUUCGGGUGUACCACCAGGGGGAGCUCCGGGGCUCAGCUGCAGGGUGGAGGCUUUUGGAGCGGGAGUACAUGGUGGGCUUUUCUCCUCUGACCCCCACAGACCCUGACGAGUGUGGCUCACACUCCCUCUGCAUCAACACCCUGGACUCCUUCACCUGCGUGUGUCAGCCGGGUUACUAUGACCUCAGCCCCUUCCUCACCGCAGCCUGCCACGAUGACUGCCAGGAGUCUUUUCCUAUAAUUUUUAUUCAGGUGAUAUGCCACUGA